UUUGAAUAUUAUAACAAGUCACAACGUGUUUGUGCAUCUAUUAUUGCAAACAAAACAUGUUCCCAUGGAUACCUGAGUCUGUGCCUUAAAACGCUGUAGCUAGUAAUUUCAAUUGCGCAAAGAAAACAUAACCCUCAAAUAAUCCACAAAACGACAUAGGAACGUACGAAAUUUUUGACAACAUUUUUAAACUUAACCUACAAUAAUUUAUAAAAUCUGACUGAUUUACAAAUAUACACAAUUAAAUGACAUAGAAUACAUGCCGAGGGAUACAAGAAGACGGUCUUCGGACCGUUCCAGCAGGCGUCGUAGUAGCUCUUCAAGUUCUAGGAGGUCGGCACGUCGGUCUGCUGUUAAAAGACGACGUAAUUCUAGAAGUUCAAAUAGCUCAAGUAGCUAUAGAAGGAACAGAAGUUUUGACCGAUCAAGUCGCACAAGAUUUGACAGGUCUAAUCAAUUUCGUUAUUCACGCCGACCUUCAAGAAACUAUGAAAGAUCCGUAAGUAGAUACAGAUCUAGAAGAGGAUACUAUUAUAAUACGAGACCUGCAAGAUAUACACAUUCAAGAAGUAGAUCACGUCGGAGUAGGUCUAGAUAUUUUUACCGCACUGGAAAUAGAAACAGACGUAAUAGUUCAGGCAGUUCUGUAAGGUUUAGACAUUAUAAUAGAUCAAGAAGUUCCUCUAUAUCUUCUAAGAGCCGACGAAGUAUAGGUAGAUUUAACUCUAGAAGAAGUAGGGAAAUGGAUAAAAAGGGGACAAGACGCUCAAGGAGCAGGUCAAAUAGGAGAAGGAGCAAAUCAAGAAGUUCGUCAAGAUCUAGAUAUAAAAGACGAUCAAGAUCCAGAAGUGACUCAAGAUCUAGAAAUGGAUACAUUUCAAGAGAUAGGAGAUCUGACAGUUAUAGGCGACGCAGUAGAUCGAGGGACUCUGGUAGAUCCAGACGAGUUUCUCGUUACAGUCGAGAUCGCACCAGUUACGGAAGAUCUAGAGUGUCCCCCAAUCACUAUAGAAACAGAUACUCAAGAAGUCCUGAUCGUAGAAGAGCUUUAGACAGACAUAGUACAAGGUCAAGUUAUUCUUACAAAAAUAAGAAUGGAUCCAGCAGCAGAUCAGAUAAUAAGAAUGUCUCAACCAGAAGUAGAUCAAAGUCAAAGUGUAAGGAUUCCAAGAAAUCAAGUGAAAGUGAUUCUUCUUCUGAAAAUUCAGAUUCAUCAUCAAGUGAUAAAAACCAGGAAAAAUCGAGUGAAAGUAGUUCUUCUGAUACAGAUUCAUCUGAAACCAGCCAAGCCUCAACUAAGAGUCUAAAAUUAUUAGAAAAAUUGAAGGAGGAAAGAUUGAAACAAGCAGAAGCCAGAAGAAAGCAAAAGGAACUAAUUAAGGCUAAUGAAACAGCAGAAGAAAAAAGAAUUCGACGACUCAUAAAGAAAGAGGCAAAAGAACGGAGCAGGAAGGAAAAAAGGGGGUGGGAUAAUGAAUAUCUUCAUUAUACUAACAGUGACAAUCCAUUUGGAGAUGGCAAUUUGCUUUCUACAUUUGUAUGGAAUAAAAAGCUAGCAAAGGAGGGUCUAACUGGUGUCAGCCAUAUGGAAAUAGAAGCAAGAAAUAGAUUUAAACAGGAGGAAAAUAAACGAGAAUUAGAAAAAGUUAAGAAGAGAAGAAUUGAAAGAGAACUAGAGAGACAAAAACGCGAGGAAGAGAUGCAAUUAAUGCAGAGAAGUAAAGAAGCAGCCCAAUUUGAAGAAUGGGAAAGGCAAGAGGAUCAGUUCCAUUUAGAGCAAGCUAGGCUACGAUCGCAUAUUCGAAUUCAAGAUGGCAGAGCAAAACCUAUUGACCUACUGGCAAAAUAUAUAAGUGCAGAAGAAGAAGUGGAUGCAGUAGAAAUGCAUGAGCCCUAUACGUAUUUAAAUGGUCUGCAUAUAAAAGAUCUAGAAGAUCUAGUUGAAGACAUAAAAGUAUACAUAGAAUUGGAGAGAGGCAAAAACUUGGAUUAUUGGAAUGAUAUUACUAUUAUUGUUGAAGAUGAACUGCAAAAACUAAAGAAGAUCCAAAAAGAUGAUGAUAUGGGUCUGAAUAGAAGAGAAGGUAUACAUCAAGCUGUUGCAACUGACGUAUCUUCUGUGUUUAAAGGAAAAACCUCUAACCAGUUAGCGCAAUUGCAGAAAUCUAUCGAAGCAAAACUAACUGGCAAAUCACAUGGUGUUGAUAUUGGUUAUUGGGAGUCUUUAUUAUCACAAUUAAAAGCUCAUAUGGCUAGAGCAAGACUCAGGGAUAGACAUCAGGAAGGUUUGAGACGAAAACUUCAAGUAUUAAAAGCUGAACAGGCAGUAGUAGUACCUAGUGAUACUGGAAAGAAACCAAGUCAUAAUAAAGAACAAUCAGAACCUUCAACUGCAGAUAACAGUGAUAAUGAAGGUGAGGAGGAGGAGGAUGCUGAGAACGACAUGUUAAAUGAAUGUUUUGAUGCAUACAUGGCUGGAAGUUACAGUCCAAAACUACUUAAUCCUGAUGAUCUAGAACCUGGUACAAUUGUUGUAUCAGAAGAAGAUGAUAUUAAACGUUUAGAAUUUGCGAGAAUGCAAAUUAUAGGAAAUAGUAGAAAAGCUGACAAUCCAGCGACACACGAAGAAGUACAAAUGCAAAAAGAGGCUAGAAAAGGAAUGGGUGAUGAUGAAGCUCAAUUUUCUGUUGAAUCGUCACUAGAGAGCCAAGUAUACUUGUGGUCAGACAAGUAUAGGCCAAGGAAACCUAGAUAUUUUAACAGAGUACAUACUGGAUUUGAAUGGAACAAGUACAAUCAAACUCAUUAUGAUAUGGAUAAUCCACCGCCAAAAAUUGUGCAAGGAUAUAAAUUUAACAUAUUUUAUCCGGAUUUAAUUGAUAAAAAUGAUACUCCCGAAUAUUUUUUGACUCCUUGUCCAGAUAACAAAGAAUUUGCUAUAUUGAGGUUCCAUGCAGGUCCGCCAUAUGAAGACAUUGCAUUUAAAAUAGUCAACAGAGAAUGGGAAUAUUCAUAUAAGAGGGGUUUCAGAUGUCAAUUCCAUAAUAAUAUUUUCCAGCUGUGGUUCCACUUCAAACGUUACAGAUAUCGACGAUGAUUUAUGAGAUUGUAUUUUUCUUACCUAAAUAUAUAUUUCUUCUUA